AGAGGCUCAAUCGACACGCGAGGAUGCUAUUUGACCGUGUGAAGCGCUUUUCGGUGGAGCUGGAUUGCCCCGAGGUGGCCUCGCCGCCGGUUUUCAGCUCCGGGGAGACCGUGGCCGGCCGCGUGGUGCUGGAGCUGUCCGGCACGGCGCGUCUGGGCGCGCUCCACCUGCACGCUCAAGGCGCGGCCAAAGUCCACUGGACCGAGUCUCGCAGCGCCGGAUCCAGCACCGCUUACACGCAGAGCUACAGCGACCAGGUGGAGUUCCUCAGCCACCGGCAGACCCUCCUGGCCCCGCCAGACAACGGAGACGUCACGGUCCUUCAGGCCGGCCGACACGAAUUCCCUUUCACUUUCCAGCUGCCAGAAUCCUUGGCCACUUCCUUCGAGGGAAAACAUGGGAGCGUCCGCUAUUGGGUGAAAGCCAAGCUCCACCGUCCCUGGUCCUCCGUCAAGAAAGCAAAAAUGGAUUUCACCAUUAUUGAGCCCAUCGAUAUCAACACGCCGGCGUUACUGGCUCCACAAGCCGGUGUCAAGGAAAAGCUGGCACGAGCUUGGUAUUGUAACCGAGGGCAGGUCUCUGUCUCGGCCAAGAUCGACCGGAAAGGCUACACCCCAGGCGAGGUGAUCCCCAUCUUUGCCGAGAUCGACAACUGCACCACCCGCACGGUGGUCCCCAAGGCGGCCAUCAUCCAGACGCAGACCUUUGUGGCCCGCGGCACCAAGAAGCAGAAGAAGUCCGUGGUGGCCUCCAUGGUGGGCGACGCCAUCGCGGCCGGCAAGAGGGAGGUGUGGCACGGCCGGGCCAUCAAGAUCCCCCCCGUGGGACCCUCCAUCCUCCAGUGCCGCAUCAUCCACGUCGAGUACACGCUCAAGGUCUGCAUCGAUAUCCCGGGGUCUUCGAAGCUGUUCCUGGAACUCCCGCUGGUCAUCGGCACGAUCCCCCUGCACCCCUUUGGCAGCCGCACCUCCAGCGUCAGCAGCCAAUACAGCGUCAAUUUGGAUUGGGUCCGGAUGGGAAUCCCCGAAGAACCCGAGGCUCCUCCUGAAUACUCGUCCGUUGUGUCCAGCGAGGAACCCCUGGAGACCCUCUCGCCGCCCGGCCAGGACAACAGGGGCCCCGGCGUCCUCGAAGGGCCCUUUUUCGCCUACAUCCAGGAAUUCCGCUUCCGGCCGCCUCCGCUCUAUUCCGAGGUGGAUCCCAAUCCCCAACCGGACGCCGCCAUCCGCCCGCGCUGCAUGACCUGCUGAGAGGCGCAACGGCCUGCUAUCGGAUCUCUUUGGAUAGAUCUCUUUUGCCUUACCGGAAACGGGAUCGGGCGAGGAAGGAGCAGCUGCCGGCGACCCCGGAGACCGGAAGACCGCGAUCUGCGUGCGAAUGAGGAGAGGGCCUCCGGCGGGGAGACAGCUCCUCAACCCCCCGAGGCGGCAGAGGCGGCGGUUUGGGGUCUCCCAGACCCACGGCACCCGAUCCUCCGGGGUUUCCCUUUACGGAGGAGGAAAUGGGGACCCCCCCAAGGGGGAAUGCCUGCCUUGUGACUCAGACACUUUCCGGCACUCCCGGUUUCUCUUAAGCCCAGCUCAACCUCCCGACACGUACGGGCGAGAAAAUAGGGCGGGGAGAUUCCCCAGGAAGUGGCUCCUCCGCGGGACAGGUUGCGGAGUUGAGCAAAUGUUUUGGGGUGCCCCCCUGAUUUUAUCCCAUCCACACACCCACACCCCGAUUUGCAGGCUUUGCGAAGUCGGGAUUCGAACCCGCCGCUCUGGGUUUCGGGGCAGGAAGAUCCACCCGUGGGUUUUUAAGGUUUUUUGGGGUGGGGAAAAGAGGAGGGUCGGAACAGCUUGGCAGGACAGAGAAAGGAACCUUUGCACUGUCGAAGGCUAAGAAAGUUUUGGGGGGGUCAUGUGGUUUUUUUUUGCCUUUUGGGAUGCAGAUCAGACCCCAAAUUCUGGGCAUUUUGAAGAAGUUGUGGAGGGUAUUGAAGAAAACGGUUUUCUUCUCCUCUCUGAAAUCGCAUUCCACUUUCCAAAGCUAGCUGGUCUCCAGGGGAGGGACAUAUUUUGAUUUCCCCCCAACAUUGGGACAGUGGCCUUACAUUGUAAAUACGUGUAAAUAUGAUUUUCCUGAUACGCUGUGGCUCGAUGCAGAACUUACACAAAAGAACCAGUUUCCAGGUUCAUAUUCUUAUAGAAUACUUGUGGCCUUUUCAGAAA